AGCUCUCUUCUCGGUGCGCGUGUACGUGCACGUGUGCAUAUUUUGAGUGCGUGAAAAUGGACUGUGAGUUAUGUAGCAAGAAGAAGAGGUUAAGAAAGGGGCUUUGGUCUCCUGAAGAAGACGAAAAGCUUGUGGCUUAUAUCACUAAGCACGGCCACGGGUGCUGGACCUCUGUUCCCAAGGGUGCUGGACUGGAGAGAUGUGGAAAGAGUUGCAGACUGAGGUGGUUAAACUAUUUGAGACCAGGACUAAAGAGAGGCCGCUUCUCCCUUGAAGAAGAAAACAUUAUUAUAGCUGCUCAGCAGCUCUUGGGCAACAGGUGGGCCCAAAUAUCCAAUUAUCUCCCUGGACGUACAGACAAUGAAAUAAAGAAUUAUUGGAAUUCUCACCUCAAGAAGGGGGCAUGGAAGAAAGAACAAAUUGAAAAGUCAUGGACUCUCAAGGCCCAAGAGAGAACUCCAUCAAACAGUAUAGUCCCAGAAGAGCAGCACAUAAUAUAUGAGGAGCCUAAACUCUUUCAAGGAGAGGUUGGACCCAAUUACAAUUUCAACAACCUUUAUUUUGGUGAUUCUCAAGUAGUAUUAAAUGAGAAUUCUAAUAUUUAUAACCAGCCACUCGGAGGGGUAGUCCAUGAGAACCAUCUUAUUGCAAUGACACCCUGGGUUCCACCAGAUGAUGGCCCCCUACAAAUGGAGUCCAUUAUUUUCCCACAACUGAAUCCUUUAGAUGUUUUUCACCCAGGAAUGAGCAUGGGUUUGCAAGGAUUGGAAGCAUAUAACUCUCUCAACAAUGGGGAAUUUUAAGUUUCUACUGUUAUGCAUGUAGAUUGCUUUGAGAAAGUUUCCUUAAUAAUGGGGAAGAUGUAUACAAAUUGAAUACAAGAAGAAAAAAUUAACUAAUGUUAUACUUAUUGGAUGUAUGUUAGAUAUGCUGCUAUAUGACAAUCUAUGUAACAAAUUAAG